AUGCCAAAAGCAACCACUACAUCCAAGCCUACCCUCAAACCCACUCGAACUUCAACUCCGGUCACUACCCCCAAGCCUUCUCCAGCCCGUACACCAGCCCGUACACCAGCCACUACUCCUGCGUCUACUGCCAAGCCAACGCCGGCACCCACCUCUGAUCCUUCCUGUCCCCGUAUUCGAAAGUCCUGGGAUACACUCACCGCUGCCGAAAAAGAAACGUUCGUGUCCGCGAUAGAGAUCGCCAUGGAUCGUGGCCUGUACCAAAAGUUUGUCCUCAUUCACCAAGAACAAAUGGGCAACCGCGAGGCGCACGGCACGUGCGUGUUUCUGUUUUGGCAUCGCAAGUUCCUCCUCGGGUUUGAGAACAUGCUGCGCAGUCUCGGGGGCCAAUACAAGUGCCUCACCCUU